AACCGGAAGCGUAGUUGAACGUUCCCUUCACACAGUUAUGGACCAUAUUGACAAUGAUAUGCAGGGUACGGAUGGGCCAUUAGGUGGUCCUGAUGUCAGGAGGAGGAUCCCAAUCAAACUUCUUCCAAAGCAGGCCAGAAAUAAACCUGCCCCGCGACCCCAGAGACCAACGGGACGGUUACAAUCCAAAAGCCAUUCUGCAGAGGAAGGUUUUAACUUUAAGAAGGAGGACCGGUUUGAUUGUGGUGUCAAAUCAGGAGAUGCUUUUGCAAGCCAGCGUCGCUUUCCACAGCAGCUUUACUGGGAUUACAAGCUAACCUUGAUCGGUGAAAAGGAUGAGACGCCUAUUCAUUGCUGUGACAAAUGUGGACUGCCGAUUAAAACAUAUGGCCGCAUGAUCCCAUGUAAGCACGUUUUCUGCUAUGACUGUGCUUUACAUCAUGAGAGGAAGGGUGAUAAGAUGUGUCCAGGUCUAAACAUGUACAGCUGUACAGACCCGGUCCAGCGGAUUGAGCAGUGCCAGCGUGGCUCUCUCUACAUGUGCAGUAUUGUUCAGGGUUGCAAACGGACCUAUCUGUCCCAGAGGGACCUGCAGGCUCACAUCAACCACCGGCACAUGCGCUCUGGCAAGAGCUCCAGCAGCCGCUCUGACUCUCUCCACCUUCCUCCCUCUGAAGUGUCCGACCGCUUCCGCGUACCUCCACCUCACCUGCCCAAACCCCACGUACUCAUCCCUCCACCUCUUGGCCAUCCCGGACACGACCCAUACGGCCCACCUCCUUCUGCUCAUGAUGACCUCAGACCUCAAGGACAGCCACCCGGAGACAUGGGCCCAUCCCGGUCCCUCUCACAGGAGACCUUCCGAAUCUCAACUGUCACCACUCGAAAACACAGCAACCUCAUCACUGUUCCAAUCCAGGAUGAUUCCGGCUCCGGACCAUCCCGAGACCCACUCUCUCAACCCGGAAAUCCUCCCCCACCUCACCAUCAUCCCGGAGACUACCCGGGUCAGCCUGUCGUGGCUCAUCCACACCACAUGAUGGCGCCGCCUCAACAGCAUUACGGACCGCCUCCGCCACCUCCACCCAUCAGUCACCCCAUGCCACACCCAGGACAAGGCUCCAACACACCCCAUAUGGUCUUUAAUCAAGCCCCUCCCCCGCUAUCAUCAGUCCCACCUCCGAUAACCCCACCCCCCGGACACCUUAUUGGUCAGAUGCCACCAUUUAUGAACCAUCCUCCACCCGGGCCACCCCCACAGCAUGGCGGACCCCCAGUCAACGCCCCGCCACCCCAUCAUUACAACCCUCAGUUUGUAGAGGACAAGAACACACUCAGCCCGCCGUUCAACCAGCCAGGAGGGUUGAGUCCUGGGAUGUGGCCGGCCCCUAGAGGCCCCCCACCACGAAUGCAGGGUCCCCCUCCGCAGGGACAGAUGCCGGGGCCCCAUCACCCAGAUCAGGGCAGAUACAGACCGUAUUACCAGUAAUAAUGUGGAUUUGAUUUUUUUUUCUUUGUUGUUGCCGAAUAAAGUGAUUUAGUUUGUCAAGCUGGCAGGGAUUCGAUUGCAUAUUUUAUAGUCUGAAAACUAUUAACUGUAUAGCAAAGAUCUGUACUUACUGAAUGGUGUUUUAAAAACCUUGUCAUCGUCAGAUAUUCAAACUUUUACUUUUUAAUAAUCGAGCCCAUACAUGCUGCAUUUUUAGGGGCUUUUGUUGAUUGUUGAAUGUGGUGUUUCUUGAAUGUAUUCGAAAUUAAAUGUACAAAUUCAA